CCUGGACGAUACAGCGGGUGACAAUUAAAUGUCUUUUAGGUAGUCCCUCCGAGUUGAAAAGGUUGAACUUGUCGCUGUAGACUAAACUUUUAAAAGAUAGAGUGAACUGCUAGUUCUAAGAGUGGAUGGAUUUUAAAAUGCUGACUAGAGAUUUCAUACAUGGGAUUAUAUUUUUGCUAACUGCUAACAUAACAUUUUCUUUGGCUUCGGACUGCGCCGUCGGGGUGGAAGGAACCAGCAUCAGGCUCCUGUGUAAGGUCACGUCCAGCGUGCACAGGCUGAUCACGUGGCAAGUGGACCAGGGUGGCCGUUACGUGGACGUGACGACGUGUCACAUGAACGGGGUGUGUACGACCAACUCCCAGGCCUAUUACUCUUUCCUGACCGGAACCAACUGCACUGUCCACAUCAAAUCCCUCAACCGGAACUCCUCGUCCUGGAGGUGUGUUUGGGAUGAUGUGCACUAUGGGCCGCCUUGCAAUAUUACCGUUUAUGUGCCCCCAAGAAAGCCAACCUGUGACGCGCCUGUAUUUACUGACUCCAACACUGCCGUGUCAAUAACAUGUCGGACCGAGAAGACAUUCCCAGCAGCAGUGUGUCAAUUCUUUCAAUAUACGCCAUCAGGGGCGCUGAAUAACACUCGUGUGUUGCACAAACAUGGGCCCUCGCCCUCCAGCCCACAAGACUUCAGCACAGAGUGCUCGUUUGUCUCCGACCUGUUGCCCUUGGGUCAGCCAGUGACCAUGACCUUGGGGGUAGGGAUGUUCUCACAGCCAAACACGCCCAUCGUUCAAGCUCGGAAUAUAACAUUAGAUCUAUAUUUCCCGGUGCCCGAAAUGGACUCGGAUUGCCCGAGAGAUUAUGUCAUGUCAGGAUCAACAGCCACCUGCACCUGCAGACUGUCUAACCCUGGCUCCCCUCCCGGACAAGCUUAUUGGAUCUCGACCAACGACGAAAAAUUCGUGACUUUCUCUAAGAUGAACGGCUCAAGUCAGUUGGACUUCUCCUUUAACUCUUCAGUUCUGAGUCCUGUAUAUUACUGCUACGCUGUAUCAACCCUCGGACAGGCACCUCCACAGAACACCUUAAUAUAUGAGCCCAAGUUUGCUUAUGGACCAAGCACAGUAUUUCUGGAUGCAAUAACCAGCCCGGAUGUCCAGUUUACAAACACAACGUCCGUUCUGCUCAGAUGCAAUGUGUCCAGGGAUCAAGUUCUGCCAGGCGUGGUCUUCAGUUUUGACAGUGCCAACAGACAGUUUCCCAACUGGCCCUAUCACUCGGAUGGGUCUUAUUACACGUCCAGUUUAAUCUAUAGUCCAGAAACACCUGGGUCAUUCAAUGUCACAUGCACUGUCCGUAAUGUGAAGUUUCAUUCAAUGGCCACGCAGAAUUCAACCAGGAUACAAGCUUUUGGUGGAUACGCCACUGUUCAGCUAGACAUCCCAGGACGCCUGGAUGUAGAUCUAUGCACUAGGACCCUGAUGCCACUGACAUGUACAGUGUCAGUGAGUCAGGCCUAUCCCUGGACCACCAGCUUCUUGAUCAUCAACAACGAGGAACACGUGUCGAGGACGUCCCAUGAGCGAGAGUACACCCACAGCCUCAAUUACAACUUUGUGCCUUCGUCACCUGGAAGGUUUGAGUUCAGGUGUAGGGUCCAGAACAACUACACUUCUGCUUUGCUGGCAGAGGAGAUUAAAAUAGUGACUGUUGCAGAAGGAACCUGUGGUAUCAACUCUAUCGUAUUUGGUCUUGCCAUUGGUCUUGGCUGUUCCAUCUUUCUUCUCUUGCUUGUCAUUAUCAUCUUCGUCAUAUGGAGGCGGCGCUUGAAGACUUCCCAGAAACAGGAGAACCAGGCAGUGUACUUCACUGUAGGUGACAGCAAAGUCAAGUGUAUUGUCCGAACAAACAAUAAAACUGGGUCCAAAACUUUGAUCGAGGAACCCCCACCAGAUUAUAUGUCCUACGCUCAUUAUGACAAGCCUGCGACCUACAUACCCAGAGUAUCAACACAUCGUAAAUCGAGUACGCCCAUGGAAUAUGACAACCCUGGUUAUGCCCCUGGGAAAGGCUCGUCCAGUAGUCGCCGAAUCUCACUCAGUAGGACAGGUAGCAUGCAGGAGUCAGAGGCCAACAUCUACAGCACGGUUGAUGGUUAGCAGUAUUGUACGUUAACUUUGAUGGCAAGCAGUACUUUACUGGUGAACUUUGAUGGUCAGUAGUGCUUUACUGGUGAACUUUGAUGGUCAGUAGUACUUCACUGGUGAACUUUGAUGGUCAGCAAUACUUUAUAUGUGAACUUUGUUAGCCAGCAGAACUUUACUAGUGAGCUUUGAUGGUCAUUAGUACUUCUCUGGUGAAAUUCGACGGCCAGCUGUACUUCAUAGGUGAACUUUGAUGGCCAGCAGUACUUCACUGGUGAACUUUGAUGGUCAGCAGUACUUCACUGUCAGUGGUUGAUUGCUAGGUACUCUGGCACUAUUUACAGAUGACAAUAAAUAAAGACUGCCGUCUUCGUGUACUUCAGCUUUGAGUAAUCCUCUGGCUAAAUGUGCCAUAAAACACGUAAAUCUUCACAUUAACCAGAAAGAACAAUAGAGAUAAGGAGAAGAAAUAAAACCAUUACGAUAAACUACUUUUUUUUAUUAUAAAGCUUAUAUCAGCUCACUCUGUCUGUAUGUCUGUCUGUCUAGUAGAACAUUUGUGCACGUUAUUUCUUCGACAUCCUAUCUCGGAUCAAGCUGAAAUUUUGCUCAAUUAUUUCUUUUAACUGACAAUACAAGAAUCAAUUUAAUAAUAAUAAAAAAAUUAGUUAAUUAACUAUUGAUAAUCAGUAAUUUUGUCUGGUAUCUUGAAAAAGGGAAAUAAAUUGUACUUGACUGAUGUGGUGGUAUAAGCUGAAGUAGUCCCGUUUAUAGGUCGACGCUUUAAAGUUUGAAAUUAACAAUAGAUAACUAUAAAACCUUCCAGUUUCAUAAGCACUUCGCUAGCACAGUGGUAGAGUGUCAUCUUGUGGAGGCUUUUAGCACGGUGUUCGAAUUCAGGUCGUUACACGUUUAUUUUUAAACAAUUUUUUGUCAUAAUUGCAUUUAAGAAGCGAUCAUCCAGAUACUCCUUUCUUUCUCCCCCUUUCCUACUGGUCCAGACAAGAGGAUCAUAGCAUAUUGAGAAAGCUAAAAACAUGAAUAGCGCUAAACAAAAACAUUUGGUAAAAAUAUUUCUAAUCGCACAAGUUUAUUAUUAUUAGUCUAGAAUCCUAUAUCUAUUACAAAUUCAAUUACAUGACUGAUCCAAACUAAUUGAUACAACUACGCUUAGUAUAAGCUUUGCUUUUUAAAAAAAAAGGAUUUUAAACAUAUUUUUCUUGUUUUUGCUUAUUCGUUUAAAACACUUUGAGAGCGUGCACAAACACUGAUAGAAGAGUAAGCUUCUAAAAGAAUCCUUGAAAAUUUUGUAUGUAUAAAAAAUGGCGCCUGCACUUUUUCAUUAGCGUGGUGGAAGUCAGUACCUAAAUGGAUCUGUUUUAAAAGAUACAGUCCGAUACAGUCAACACUCUUGCGAGCCCUUAAUGUAAUUUUUUCAUUAAUUGCAAAGAGUUAAGGAUGAUGGAUAUGAAUUUUAUUUGUAUGUUUGUAUUUUUCUUGCUUGUUUGUAUCUUUCAUGUAUGUUUCUUGAUAUUUGGAUUUUCGCACUUGAUUUUUCGACCAUUUCUACUCAUCCAAUUGGUUGCUAUUAACUAAUUUUGUUUAUAUAGAAAAUGUACUAAUGGAGAUAAGUCGUUGUUGGUAUGUAAACAAUAACUAUAAACACCUGUGUGACUUCCCUUGGCGACUGGUCAGACCAAAGUGUAACACAUUUGUUCAAAAUUGUGUUACAAACAUUCUUGGUGCUACGUUGCUUUGGGUAGUAAUAGUUGUCGAAAAUGUUUUCUAAGCUCUGAGUGUCGCGAGUGUCGCAAAUAAAUCCUAAACCUGACACUGAGGUCUAGCAAGGUGAAUCUAAUGAACUAGUAAAUAGAAAAAUAAAAUCAGCGCUUACAUUAAAACGAAUAAAUAAGAAAUAUCAAAGCUUUUGGUGUGAACUUUAUUUGAACUAUAACACCCAACGCUUUGAUUUUUUAAUAUUUUAAAUUUUACUUUUUAGUGCGUUAUAAUAUAAUUGUUGUUUUAUUAUUAUUAUUAUUAUUUUUUGUAAUAUUUAUAUCAUCUUUCAAAACAAAUGUUUGUUCACAUUAUUUUUAGCUCUUGAAUAAACUAUAGGACACACCUAAGGAAUUAUGUUAGAAAAUGUCUCAAUAGCUCAAUAUCGUCUUUUAUUAUGAUUAAUUAUUUUAUAAUUUACUAUAUUUACACAAAGAAGUUGUAGAAAUUAAUCUUUAAUCUCUGGCGUUAUUUGAGAAGCUUUUUUUUCUUUCUCUCACUGUUUUGAGUUAAGCUGAAAAUAAACAAGAAAAAUAUU